AUGCCGCCCAAGCAGAAAGAGCCUCCAAAACAAAAGGAGCCUAUUCACCUUCCUCCAACUUUAUCGCAACCACCUCCAUCUCCCUCAGCAAAGCGACCUUUACCCGAAAAUUCAACAGCCUCGCCUGCCAAACGCCAAAGCAAGUGGAGUCCCGAUGAAGAUGCAAUUAUCAUCAAUCUUCGAGGGCGUGGCCUGAAGUGGGAAGACAUUUCAAAAAAUUUGCCUGGAAGGUCUGCAAUUUCGUGUCGUCUUCAUUAUCAAAACUACUUGGAACGCCGAUCUGAGUGGGACGAGGAGAGAAAAGACCGGCUGGCUCGUCUGUAUGAAAGAUUUAAACAAGAGAUGUGGAGCCAGGUUGCGAAGGAAAUGAAUAUCCCCUGGCGAGCAGCUGAAAAUAUGCACUGGCAGUUAGGUGAAAAGGAAAUGGCCAGGCGUGCUGGUGUUGUACCAUUCUCCCAAAGCUCAGUUGCACUCGAUGUCCCUCCGAAAAAAACGAGUCCGCGCCGAAGCCCAACCCCCGAGGGGCCGGAUGAAAGACCAUCUUCGGGACCUUCUGCGCCUCCAGUGGAAGCCGGUCCCAUUUUAGGAAAAGAAGAUACUACCAAGUAG